GUCCACGCGUUCGGCUCGUUAAGGGGCAGACAGAAUAGCGGCAUUCACUGACCUGGGCAGGUGCUUUGGCUCUGGGGAUUUAACCCUCUGUUAACCUACCUUCCUCACAGUGCGGUGAAUUUUAACGAAUUAGGGGUGCAAAACACUGCAGGGCUAAUUGUUUGUAAAGUCUGGUGCUGGUACCACUUAAGUGUGAAACGGCAAUGUACAACAGCAGCUACUCACGGGCAAAGUUCGGGCUGGAAGCCAAGGACAUCCAAAGGUCCAAGGGCAAGAGCUGUGGCUACUACAUGAGGAUCGUCUUCUUCUUCUCCUCAUUGAUUCAGUCCCUCAUUAUCGUCAGCCUGGUGCUCUUCCUGGUGUACGGAAAGUCGGAGCAGUCGGCUGAGCAGCAGCGGGUCCAGGACCUGGAGCAGAGCUUCGAAAGGCUGUCCAAGGACAUCCAGUUGCUCCGGCAACAGAAGGCUGAAGUUACGAUGAAGCUCAACAAGAAUGUGGCUGAGAAGGUCGCCUUAGAAAAAGAGCUGGCUACGACCAAAGAUUUGGCCAACACCACAGCGAAACAACUCGAUGACCUUCGGAAACAAGUGACUCAGUGUGAAACGGAUAAAAAGAAAGCAGAAAUGACCCGAUCCACUCCUAUUCAGUGUCCUGGAUCGCUGACCACAGUGAAUGCUGCAAAUAAUGAAGUACGAAGCAUGCAUUUACGGAACCAGCACAUGGAAGCAAUGGUAAAACAGAUGCAGACCAACUUCACACAGACGGUCCUACAGCUCAACACCGACCUGGACAGUGCCAUCAAAGCCAGACAAAUGCUGCACUUGGAGGCAAUUGAGCUACGGCAGGACAAGGUCAACCUCAAGGAGCAGCUAGAGAAAUACGCGGUGAAGUGCAGGGAGGACUUUGUGCAGUCCCUGGAGGGCAUCCCGGCGGUCACCAAAGCCUUCCUGAAACGGAUAGAGAACCUGUUCCCCCAGGCAUUCACCUUCCACCUCACCUGCUACAAGCAGCAGGAGCAGAUGGAGCGGAUCCGCGAAAGCUGCUCCAGCCUCUCCAGGGAGAUCGAGGACAAGUUCCAGCAGUACCUGAACAACGUGGGCAGCAGGAUCGCGGAGAUCCAGGCCCAGAACAGCCUGCUGCUGGUGCAGAACCGCCGUGCGAUCGAGGCCUACCAGCUGUGCAGGCAGGCAUCUGCACAAAAACCUGCCGGACUGCUUAGUGGCUCACCAGUGCAACAGCAGCAGGACAGACUGAACGCCCCGAGCGGACAGGUCUCCGCUCCCCUGACAAACGCUCCCGCUGUGAGCAGAGCAGCCGAGCUGAAGAAACCUGGCAAGGAACCGUAAGACCACGCAAAAACAAGUUCUGACAUAUCUGGAUAACUCCACAUACUACAUGGAAACAACAGAAGCCAUUUAAAGACCCAUCUGCUCCGCUCUUGAGGUUUUUUACCCAAUUACUGGAACAAUAGGGAUAUUUUCAAUGAAGGCGGUGUGUGUACAAUUUGUCUUUGUGGCCAUCUGCACAUUUGGACUGAACAGACUAUGGAGUGCCACAUUACAUCAAUCAACUGCAUAUUUCAUUGUAUUAUUGUACAGUAUAUGUGUAAAAUCUUUUUUCAUAUUCAUUGACAGAAAUAGCGUAAAAUAAUGUUAUCCCUCAGAGACACAGGCAUACAAAUCUUUAUGUGUAACUAUUUUAACGUUAUGAAUGGAACAUUUUAUAUUUAGGAACAGAAAUAAGGGUAAAGGUUUUUGGGAGGGGUUCAACCCCAAAAGAAAAUACUUUGUGGCAGUUUCCCUAGGAAACCACUGUGAAUAAAGGCACUGUUGAGGAGGUGUCCUUGGGUGUCAUGGGUGAAAGGUCAAGCUGACUCCCAAGGCAUCCUUUUGUAAAAUGGCCACCGUACUAUGCUCACUCAAGAACUGUGUGCGCUAGUGUUUUGCCUCUGUGCUUGUCCAUUUCUACCUCCAUGUAGAAAACAUACUGAAACUAAAAAUAAGAUUAUUGAUUAUUGUCUAUUUCUCAGUUUUAGACUCUAAGUAAGUGCCCUUUUCAUGGUACCCUAGAUACAUAGUGCUUUCUGUAGAAGGGUGUGUCUUUGGCUGUGCUACAUUAGAUUAUAUUUUAUCAUAUAUCAAUGUGGCAUAUUAUACAGUACUGGUAAAGAUUAUGGAAACAGAGCAUUUAUAAGCACAGUUUGGUGAUUAAUGCAAUGUUGCAACAAUUUCUCUUUUUGGGAUAAAUGCAAUAUGUAAUAAAUAUAAUGUCAACGUAAAACAAAUAUGAAGAAAUAAUUAGCAUUUGUGUUAAUGUAAGUAAUCAUUAUACCUUCCUAUAUGUAUUAGUUCAUACCAAUACAAUUGAGCAGUCUAAUGUAUCUUACUGUUGGAAAUUUCAUAAUCCACUUGAACAUAUAUUUCUUUGUCCAGGAUUUUUACAUAAAAUGGACAUUUUCUUUGAGAAACAACAAGAAAAGAAAGUGCAUUUCAAGAGUAUUAAACUUCUUCUGAACACAGUGUUUCCAUAAUUUAUGCCAGUACUGUAUGCAAACACACCAGAGAGCUUGUUUCAAGACGUUUAAAAAGUCAUUUAAAAGUAUACAGGGCGAAAUAACAAGCAGAAGAGUCAGAUUAUUGGUGGCCUGUAAGAAUGACACUGGAAUGACUUCUCCAAAAAUUAAACAAUUUACAACAGGAAUGAAAAACAAAUUGGUGGCUUCUCCCAGAAACAAAUCUCAUUUCAAAGGCUUAUAAGCCCCACUUAUCCAUUUGUACACUGUGGGCACGGUGGCAAUAUGCAGGUAAAUACUGUGAAUAACUAUAGAUGUAAGGUCUUGCAUUGAUCAAAAUAAGCCACAUUUUGUAAAAAUGUAUCAGAUGUAUAUAAUUGAAUAAAUUUCAUUAUGUAAAAA